UAUGAAUAUUACAAAAAACGUAACCAUUAUAAUGAACAAUAAUAAUAAUAUAACUGUUCAAUUUACAUAUUCAUUACACUAUAUUAUUCACUGAUUAUCCAAAGUUCUCAUUAUUAUGUAAUCAUUAUCAUCAUCAUCAUCAUUAUUAUUCUUUCAAUCGUAUUACAUCUAGUAUCCAUGUAUAUGAUAUUUUUCAUAUUCUAUAGUUUGAUUAUCAUUCCUAUAAAUCAAUGUAUUGAUUAUGAAAAAAUACAAAAAAAUAUCAGAAAUUUCAAUCAUUAUUAUUAUCCUCAUCAUGAUGAUUAUGUGAUCCAUUCAAAAGAUUCAUGUUAUCAAAUUCAAUUUAAUAAUAAUAAGAUUGAAGAAUUAAUUAAACAAUCCGAUGUAAUUAUAACGGGACGUUUAACAUAUCAUGAUACAUAUGAGAAAUAUAAACAAAUUCAUUCAUUAUAUCCUAAUCGUAUAAUGACAACUACCACUACUACUACUACCAAUACUACUACCGAUACUACUACUAAUAAUAAUAAUAAUAGUAAUAUCUACUUCAAUAUAACUGUAUUAGUUAAAACUAUUUAUAAAGCUAAUUAUCCGAUUGGGAAUGAAAUUAUUAUUGGUCCAGUAUAUAUAUUAGAUAAUCAUCAUCAUGGAAAUGGUAUAGGAUGUUUACCAGUAUUUUAUUCUAAUGCCAAAUAUAUAUUUUUUUUAAAGAAUAAUAGUAAACUAUUGAAUUAUUAUGAACCUCUUAGUGAAAUCAUAGAAUAUACUGAAUAUAUGGAAAAGAAAAUUUAUGCUUAUUAUUGUCAAAAUUGUGUAAAACCAACAAUUGAACCAAUUCCUAAUCAAGUGUUAGAAUAUGGUCAAUCAUUAACAACUAACUGUAUAGCGACUGGUAUACCAACACCAACUAUUAUGUGGAUAAGAGAUGGGAAAUCAAUUAAUCUAGCUGAUAAAGGUUUAACAGUUGAAACAUUUGAACGUUCACCAGGAUAUGUGGAAUCUAUAUUGGAAAUAAACAAUUUAAUUCUAAUUGAUACCGGUGAAUAUUGGUGUUAUGCUGAAAAUGCAUUAGGAUUAGCCAAGGAGAAGUUUAUUUUAAAAGUUCAACAAAAUAAUAGAACAGACGAAAAAUUAAUGGUUGAUGAAUUAAUACCUUGUUCAGAUGAAGAUAAAGAUUACUGUCUCAAUGGUGGUCUAUGUUAUAUGUAUAAAAAUGAAAGAAUAUCAUUUCAAUGCAGGUGUCUCGAUUAUUAUUUUGGUGAUCGAUGUCAUUUUCAUACCGAUGGACUAUAUGCUUUUUCUGAAUCUCGUGGAAAUGAUCUACAAUCUAUGUUGCAUGCAUUAACUACAACACUUACAUUACGUGGUGUAUUUUUCACAUUAUUUGGUGCAUUAAUGAGUGUUUUAACAUUUUAUGGAAUAUGGAAAUGUCAGCAAAAAAGCAUGCAUCGAAGGCACUUAAGAAGACGAAACAAAUCUUUAUUUAAGCAUGAUUCACAAACGAAAACUUCUCAUUCUGUCAAUCAUUCAAAUCAUGAAAAUAGAAUAUAUAAUACAGUAAAAGAGAAUACAGCGCCAAUUUCAAUUAAUGAUUAUUAUAAAAGAGAUCAAAAUAUUGAACAUAUUCCUAUUCCAGAAAAUUAUUAUGGACAAACUGGUAAUAGUUAUAUAUUGCCAACUUCACAUUUAGCUAAUAAUGGUUGUUAUGAGAAUCGUUCACCAAAUUUUACUCAUGAUGUAAUGAUUGAUUUAAAAUCUUCAUUAGCAACAAAUCAUGUGAAUCCACAACAAUUACAUGAUCAUUCAAGAAACGCAAUCCAGUUCGGUUAUCGACCAUCAUCCUCUUUAGAUCAAUGUAAUGAAUCAGCCCAUAAACCUGAGAAUGGAUUAACUUUACACAAUAGACCUUUCGGGACAGAUUGGUCAACACGAAGGAUUAUAUCACAAAAACCUGGAUCUAUACGAGAUCGACUACCAGUGCUAGCAGAAGGAUCAAAUUUAGAUUUGAAUAUUGAUAGAUAUCCGAAUUACACAGAUCCUAUAGACAGAAUGAAUAGAUUUGAUCAAGACAGAGAUAUAUCAUUAAACAUGAUUUCAUCUUCUUCUUCAUUUAUACAAACUAAUACUUGA